CUUAAAGACCUGGAACUGCAAAAGCCCGCCGGACCAGUGGUGCGCGAAAUGCUGACGCGAAGAAGGCCCUACGCAACCGCAAAAAAGCCACCGGGGAAAAAGGGACCAAAGCCAGGAGCCAAAUCCGAGCGCGCGGAAGAAAUGCAGGCUGAACGCCGGAAAAGGCUACAGCAGCAGAGGGAAGAGGAAGAAAGGGCGCGGGCAGCACUCGCCGAAAGCCUACACGGCAAAAAGUGGAAGCAAAACAGUGACAGGCAGGGUUUUUGGGAAAUCGAUGGCGACCCGAGCAUCGCCUUCCAAGUGGGCGAGAUCUUCUUCUGCGAAAACACAGGCAAGGAAGAGGUGCAGGUGGCGGGCGUGUGGUUUCAAAAAGAAUCUGAUGGAACGUACACAGUCAGAUAGCAUGGCCACAGACCCCACCGAAGGAAGAACUUGAUAACAAUACACGCACGGCUACGAUACUUUCGACAAAUCUCUGAGCGAGGAUUACUAGCCAGAGACUAGCCCACAAACAAAAAGCAAGAGGCUUAAAAUAGUCCAUCCCUCACGCUGCCGUUGCGCCGGUGGUCGUGGCGUUCGGGCGGAGGUUCGCGGGUGUGCCGGUCGUGCACUAGAAAGGUGUGUAUAUUAGCUCCGUGGCCCUCCUUAUAUAGUGCCUGUUCGUGUAGUUAGCAUUCCGCGUAGCGCCCUCCCAUAGGGUAGGUUUUGUAUGAUCUUAGAGACACCUGUGCGGAUCAGGUGCAUUAAAGUUGCUCGGCAAGUAGCGCGUCAAGGGGAGGUAGUUUCAGGUACUUUACUAGCAUCACGUCCGGAACGCCUGCCGAUUCGCGCUGUGCAGUCUGUGGCGGUGCAACCGCUCCAGCGUGCCUCCGGGUGAUUGGGGGUUGUCAUGCGUCAUCGGCGGCAGCGUGCUCGCGCUAAGUGAAGGAGUGAUGAAACAGGAUGAGAAAAAGGUGCGUAGUUCAGUGACCCUCUGUUUUUGUUACCAAAAACCAAGGCGAAAACUAAAAACGAAGAAGUUCUGACAACACAAGAGAGAAAAAGUUCAUUAUGAACUUGGGCAAAAAGAAGUUAUCUUAAGCAGCAGGAGUUUAUAUGCGCUGCACCCAUGCCCGCCGAGCUAGUUAAGCGCCCCAGUGGGUUAGAGGAGAAGUCUAGCAGGUCCCUAGUGCUGUAAGAAGCUGAUAACUUAGUUUUAUAUGUUGGGCAGUUGCUGCUGUCCGGAGGCGUCCACACUGCCUGAUAGUAGUCGUCCGCCCGUGGUGCAAAGCAUUGCGUUGUUCCCUGCCCCGGCCGUUCGAGCUUGAUGGUAAGAGGCCACCGCCGCCGCCCCACUCCACUCCACUCCACUCCACUCCCACGCGUUGACUUGACUUGACUUGACUGCAGCCAGUAGCUUCAUGAAAUUAUAUAUGAAGAUGAAGGUAGGUCAGGGGACAAAUAGGAAUAACCACCGCACAGGUUCAAGCGAGAAAAUCAGAAACACGCGGUGCGAGAAAAUCAGAAGUGCUGCUGUGGUCGCGUCAUAUUUUCAACGGGUUCAAGAGUAGAUUGAUUUCGUUUCGUACUUAUGAUUUUUGAUAUUCCUCGUUUUAUUACGUUCCGAUUUACUUUUACUUUUACAGUUUAACAGAAUUUUACUUUAGUUUCUCCGACCCUGUAUACAAACUUUUUUUAGCGGUGAAAGAAUAUCGCAGACGCCACAACCUCUAAUCUUGAGGCUGUCGCUGUUCACGAAAAAAAUGGAAAUGCACAACUUUCAAAGAGCGAGCAGAUGAUCUACGAUGCGUUUAUUUAAGUUUUUUGGUAGAAAGCAUUUCAUUGCCCAAAACAAUGAGCAAAGAAUUUCUACAUUGCUGCUUCUAGCUUUUUGUAGAAGCAUCUGCAAGAAGUAUAGAAAGAGAAAAAAUAAUCAAUUACGAAGAAAUCAUAGAGGCUCGUUGUCGUUUCAAUUUCAUAAUUUUAUUAUUCCCAAGUAAUAUUUCUUCACAUUCGGAUUCAAGUUCAACGCACCGAGUUUACUUCACGAACCGGCGUUGCGAGUCGUUUUGCUGAUGUUUUUUCACUAUGAAAUAAUCACAUCAGCGGAGAUAAUUUCCAUUUCUCUUCGUCCAUACGGCAUCAACACCUGCAAAUCACGACAUUUCCAGAAUGAUAUGCGAUCUGCACUGGGGAAUCGCAAUCGUCAUGAUCUGAUGCAAUUAGAUAGACAGUGGCGUAGCGUAGUCCUCGGUAUACGACAAUUGGGGAUUAAUUUUAUUUUAGCCAGGAACGGUUGAUGAUGUCAUGGUUCGGCGCGCGGAGUACUAAGGCACCAUAUCGAUGACAAUUUCUGAUGAAAUAAGUAAAUGCACCUCCCUGUACAGCUGAGGCCGAGAGCCGUGAACAGAAAAAUAAAGAACGCUAACGUGAAGGCCGAGGGGGCCAAGCUUCUACCGGC